AUGUCUUCCAGCAACCCCACCGCUGCCGCCACCCAGGCCAUGCCCUCGGCCGACUCGAACCCGCGGGUGGUGGUGACGACACACGCAGCAGACGGGACGUCGAUAUUCGGCGCGGACAGAGAGGUACCGCUGUUCCGGCCCAUGGGACCUGCAGGGUCAUCAUUCGCCGUAUUUGACAGGCGCGGGGCGGUGCCAGUGAACAACCAGGAGGCGACGGGGGAGUAUGCGGAGAUGCUGCCGCGAUGCCCGCCCCGCGGCGUCAUAUUUUGCAUCAGCAAUAUCGCCGGCAACUUCACGGUUCCAAUGCAUCGGACCUUGAGCAUCGACUAUGCCGUCGUCCUGACAGGCGAGAUCGUCCUUAGGCUCGACAACGGCGACGAGAAGACGGUGCGGCCUGGCGAGUAUAUCAUCCAGGGUGGUGCCAAUCACCAGUGGAUCAACCGUACCAGCGAGACCUGCCGGAUCAUGUUUGUCACCGCCAGCGCUGAGAAGGUUAAGCUGGUUGAUGGGACGGAGCUGGAGGAGACGGUUAUGAAGAGAUGA